AGUGAGUGGAACUACUGGGAAAAGAAAUGGUGGUGCUUUCUUUCCUUCCAUUGCCCAGCAUUUGGAUUCAAUUUCCUUUUUUCCCGGCCCCAUGUCGCCUCUGGCAGCGGGUAAUUGAUUGCAUGGUUGGGGUGGAGUUGAUUGAAGGCCACCUCACCCGGGGCUGGCUGUGGAAUUCGUACUGCGUACCGUACGUACAGGUCUCACCCCAACUCAAUUCAACUCAAUUCAACCCAACUCAAUCCAAUCCUUUCCCACCCAUGUUGGGUGCCGUCUGUGGGCGUCCUUUAGUUCAGACUAUCCCAAUUCUCCGGACCGAAAGCCGAAAACACCAAGGCAUCUCUCACGCAUCCCUCGGCCUACUACUGGUAUUCAUCAAUAACCGCGGAACCACUCCGACUGCGGUUUCCGUGUUGAACAAGGUGGAAAAGGGGAAGCUGAUAAUGGAUCCUAAUCCGUCUCGUUGGAAGCGUUACCUUCCAGCUUGGUAUUUCAUGCUAGUCAUCGUCGAUGACGAACCUAACAUAGCCCAAUCGCCAUCGGAGCUCCGGGUUAUGGGCCCCGUUAUGUUGAGUCGUGAGAGUCGGGAUUCGGGCACGGAUGUUAGCCCGGUUUAG